AUUAUACUUGAUGUCAAAACAGAUAACGUUAAAAUUGUUGUUGAUAAUUUUGGCAAACAGAAGUAAGCUUGUAAUCACAUUUUAACUUGAGAUAUUUUUAUAACAUUUAUUGUCAUUUCAAUGUUAUAAAUGAAAUGACGUGCUAAUAUGGUUCCUGAUGCCUUUAAAGAUCUUUUGGCCACGUCGGCAUCAAUAUUUACAAUUCUUCAAUUUUUAGCUGGCACACUGGUGUGUCGUAAAUUUGUGACUAAUCGAACAACAGGCGAAUCGUCUGGUCUAGCAUUUAUAACAUGUCUAAUGUCAUGCAGUUUUUGGCUAAGAUAUGGACAAUUAAAAGACGAUUCAUAUGUAAUAAUGGUUAAUGCAUUUGGUACAUUUUUACAAUUUUGCUACAUCAUUGUUUUCACAUUAUACAGUGUUAGAAAAACAUUAAUAUUAAAACAGUUUCUCGUUGCUGUUUUAUUUAUCAUAAUAAUUUAUUCAUACAGUAUUAUAGAAACGGAUAAAGAACUUGUAAAAAGACAAAUUGGUUUUUUAAGCUGUGGUCUUACAAUAUUAUUUUUUGCUUCACCUUUAACAAUGCUGCUACAUGUUAUCCGAGAAAAAAAUACUGAUUCUCUACCAUUUCCUGUGAUACUAGCAUCAUUUACAGUAUCAUCUCAAUGGUUUAUUUAUGGCACAAUUAUUGAUGAUCAAUUUAUCAAAGUACCAAAUUUAAUUGGUUGUCUUUUAUCAUUAUUUCAACUGUCAUUAUUUUUUCGUUAUCGUACUAAAACAUUAUCAGAAACUCAUUUGAUAUAAUGUUUAACAUUAUAAAAUUUAUAUCAAUCGUACUUAUUAUUACUAAAAAAAUUAUACUGUUGGAAAUAUACCAAUGGAAAUGUUGGAAACAUUUUUAAAUAUGUACAAGUACUUACAUAAUGACAAUAAUUAUUAAAGUACAUAAAUGGAAUUUAUUUUUAAAAAAAUUACAAGAGUUCUAUACUAAAGUUCAUUAAAUAAACAAAAUUAAAAUACAUAUAUUAUAAUUUUUGUAAAGAAAAAUAUAUUUCAAUAAAAAUUCAUUCAGUAUUUUAAAACUAAAAA